UUGUUUAUAAGAUUAGCUCGCCCGCCGUUGUGUGCCUAUUUAUAUCAAGGAUAUCUCAAUGGACUGAGCAAUCUAGAAAUGCAGAACAUUUAGCGCAGUUCACCACUUGCCAGCGGCGCAGACAGUUCGAAUUUUCCGCGGCACUUUUCGAACCAUUGAGUGACUUUUAGUUGUGUGUAUGUGUAGUGUUGCAAUAGCUCAAUGAAUGCGGAGAGUGAAAUUAAAAAAUUAAUACAAAAUUGCUGUUGAAAUUAAUGCACUUUAUUGCGCCCAGACGGCAGUCACUAAGCGACACUCGCUGUUGAAGCUGUUUUGAAGUGUCGGGCGACGUGCGGCAGCAGACAUGACAACAGCAGUAGUUCGAGGUAGAAAAGUAAACAAGUGCGACACAUGAAAAGCGAUCAGUAUCGAACAAUUUAAUGAUUAUUACCUUGAAUAUUUAUUUAUUAUCAUAUAUUUGUACAUCGUUAAAGUGUUAAAGUAAAGUGAGGAAGUCGCAGUACUUAUAAACACCCACUGCAGUAAAAAGUAAAUCAAUCACGACUAAAAAGUAUUUUAGCUGAUUUUCUGUGGGAAAUUUCAUUAAAUACGGUAGUAAAUCGUUUGACUGCAACGAAGUUGUGUAGCGUAACCAAAUAGUGCCACACUCGUAAUAUACAAAAUAUAAUAAUAGUGAAAUGCGAAUGAAAUUGUUUCAGAAUUUAACUUUUUUCGGAUUCUUCGGUGCAAUUUCUGGUUGUUUAAAACUAAAAAAAAAAAAUUAAAAGUUGCCAAUUAUUAAAAUUAUGAAUAAAACAAAAUGGUUAUUUAUAAAGGAAAAAUGCAAAUUCAAAAAGGUCCUUGGUUUGGCAUACGCCAUCUGCAGGCAUUGCUGAUAUUCUUCAAUAUUGUGGUCGUCUAUUUUAGUCGUAUCAAUGUGUCCGUUUCGGUGGUGGCUAUGACCAAUGCCAAUACAACAAAUCCAAAUUUUCCGGAAUACGAUUGGAAUGAGAAGCACAAGUCGGUCAUCAUAUCAAGUUUUUAUUGGGGCUAUGUCGUCACACAAUUCCCUGGCGGUUAUCUUAGCCGUCGCUUCGGUACAAAGAUCGUAAUGCUGGGUUCGACUAUUUGUUCUGCCAUUUGCAGUGUGCUGACACCGAUUUUAAUACCACUUGGUGGCUGGCAAGCUUAUUGCGCGAUACGCAUUGUAAUGGGUCUAGCACAGGGUGUGAUUUUUCCGGCUAUACAUCAACACCUGGGCAAAUGGUCACCGCAAAAGGAACGCAAUUUCUUGGGCACCAUCAGUCACUGCGGCACCGAUUGCGGCAUUAUUAUGUCCAUGGGUGUAAGUGGUCUUAUUGCGAGCAGUGCGAUCGGUUGGCCUGGCAUAUCCUACGUAUCGGCUGGCGCCUGCUUCGUUUGGUGUGUACUGUGGCUAUUCUUUGGUUAUGAUAAUGCGCCGUCGGCACGCUUCAUAACGCCUGAAGAACGUCAGUACAUCGAGUCUGAUCUGAUGCGUGAAGAUGAUUUCCAUAAACAGAGCAUACCGGUGCCAUGGUUGGCGAUCUUCACUUCGGUGCCAUUCCUCAGUCUGCUGGUGGUGCGCUGUGCACAAGCAUGGGGCUACACAACACUGCAAGCGCAGAUACCCUCCUACAUGGCGGGCGUAUUGAAUAUGGAGAUAAAGAGUAACGCGCUCUUCUCGGCAUUGCCAUAUAUGGCAAUGUUUUGCUUGACUUUCGUUUUUCUCUUCUGCGCCGAUUUCGUCAUGACCAGAGGCUUGCUUACGCUAACGAUUUUGCGUAAAGUGUGCAACACGAUCGCCUUGUGGAUACCGGCCGGGUUAAUGAUUGCCAUUGGUUUUCUGGACGAAGAACAAAAGACGCUGGCGAUCGUGUUGAUGAUCUUGAAUGUCGGCUUUAAUGCGGGCGCUACAAUUGGCAGCACCUUGAAUACGAUCGAUCUCUCGCCGAAUCAUGCGGGUGUGCUUAUGGGCAUUGUCAAUACGAUUGCCAAUUUUGUGCCAAUCGUAACGCCACUGCUGGUCGGCGUCAUUGUAACGAAUGAGCACGAUCGCGCGCUUUGGCAAAUUGUUUUCAUUAUUUCAGCAGAAAUUUUCUUCUUUGGAAAUUUGGUUUAUAUUAUAUUCGGCUCUGCGUUAACGCAACCAUGGGAUGCACCCGACUUUUUGACACGCAAUAAUGUGGAGAGUUACCAAAACAAUGUUUCUAAGUCUGAAUUGAAUAGCAGUCCGCUUACUCAGAGCACAGUGGAGUUGGUGAAAGCAGAAAUGCCACAGACCGAACUCACGUAUGAUGGUGAGGAAGGGGUAGACAACGAUGGUUUUGGCAAGCAGCAGGUGAAACAUGACAAACGGUUACCAUAAGUAUGUUAUGGAAUAUAUGUGAUUUCAUAUUUGGUUUGGUAUAGUUCGUAUUGUUUUUAGUAUUUUUUGCUUGGAAUACAUGAACAAUUAAGUCAAUUGAAAAUGAUCCUAAAAUGGCGUGAAUCUAGUGCUAACAUAAUUAUUAUGUAUUAACUGUAUCUUGAAUAGGAAAUAAUAUAACUCGUGUUGUAAAUGAGUGUGUCUAGACCAAGUUAUUAAAAGUAUCUAACAGU